AAUUCUGCAAGUGGUUCUGAUUUACUAUCGCUGUUCUCUAGCUGGUCUAAAACCGCUUUUGACCUAAAGGGACGCUUUUUGGACGCCAUGGACGUUUCUCAGUUUCCAGGCAGAAAGAACGGUAAAAAUGCAGGCAGGGCACAGGACAAAGCACUCGGGACAAAAUGUAUGUGAAAUGGUUUGAUACAUGAAUGUCACUUUUUGACAUUUUUAAAUUUCCUGCCAGUUCCGUCCCCGUACGUCCCGAGGUUUGCAGGGAACGGAACCUGGAAGACAGAUGCCAGCAUCGGCCGGAGGAUAUGGCCGGGGACACUGCAGGAGGGACAU